AUGGCUGAUAAUGAGAAAGAGGUGGGGGAGGGAACCACCCCCCGAGGGGCGGACUGGGAAGUUGUGACUCUCACAGCAUCUGCGUAUGAAGCGGCGCCAGGGCCUGUCGGAAUGGAAGUAAAGCCUGUUAAUGAAGAUCAAGAGUGUAGUUCAUCCAAUGAACUGCCCAGGCCUGACCACUUUGUGUUUCCGCCGAGUGAGCACGAGAACCUGCCAAUACAAACCAGUUUUGAUGAGAUACAGCCUGAGAAGGAUGUGCAGAAGCCUAGUACCAGUGUGGAGGAUUAUAGUGUCAAGAAUGAUGUUGGGUCUGAGAGAGUUCAGUUCGAUGAUGAAGGGAAACACCUCUCAGAUGAUGAUGUGGAGAUGAGAGAUGACACGCCUGGAGUGCGGUUCAUCUCACGCUGA